AUGGCUACUCUCUCUGAAGCUUUUGCAGACCACCAUCUUCAUUCUCCCCGUAUCCUUCCUCUAGAUUUCAACUCUGUCGAUACCGUACCUGAAUCUCACCGCUGGCCUAUUUCCGACGACUUAUUCGCCGCCGACCACCGGCUUUCUAUACCGGUAAUUGAUCUCCAGGACCCUAAUGCGAGUCAACUUGUGGUGCAUGCAUGUGAAACGUGGGGUGCGUUUCAACUGAUAAACCAAGGGGUUCCCACGGAGGUUGUGGAGGAGGUGGAGGCGGAGGCGAAGCGGCUCUUCUCUCUCCCGGCUCAACAGAAGUUCAAGGCCACGCGCCAGCCCGGCGGAGCCACCGGCUACGGCGUUGCUCGGAUCUCCCCAUCUUUCUCUAAAUAUAUGUGGCAUGAAGGUUUUACUGUCAUGGGUUCGCCGCUUCAUCAUGCUAUGCAACUUUGGCCAGAGCCAGCUGAUGAUUAUACACGGUUUUGUGAGAUAAUAGAAAAUUAUCAGAAGAAAAUGAAGAUGGUGGCAGAGCAAGUAACACAACUCAUCUUCAACUCACUGGAAAUCGACAAGGAAGAUGCCAACUGGGUUGACUCGGCCUUCGCCGCUCUACAACUCAACUGGUACCCUUCGUGCCCGGACCCGACACGAGUGAUGGGUCUAGCUCCCCACACCGACACUUCUCUCAUAACCCUUCUGCACCAGAACCAAACCAGCGGUCUCCAAAUUUUCAAAGAAGGCUGCGGUUGGGUGUCAGUGCCGCCUCUGAAAGGUGCGCUGGUCGUUAACGUCGGUGACCUCUUGCAUGUUGUUUCAAACGGUCGAUUCCAAAACGUUCUCCACCGUGUGAUGGUCGACCUGAGCCGGAGUCAAAGAUUAUCAGUGGCUUACUUUUAUGGACCGCCGCUUGAUUUUAGAGUUAGGCCUCUUGUUAAGCUGUCGAGUCAAGUACCUCGGUACCGACCUGUGACUGUUGAGGAGUAUGCUGUCAUGAAGGGAAAGAGUUUUGAGAGAGCCAUGUCUCUAAUCAGAAUUUAA